CGGAAGUUUAAAUCCACCGAGUGUCAAGAAUUUUCAAAUGACAUCCAGAGCAUUUAUUUUCCUCCCUGUCUCUUACAGUCGAUUCUUUAUACAUAGACUAUGAAUUGUGUUGUUUACUUUACUAAAGUGCUAUUGACUGAUUGAUAUUGUUAGAGGACAGACAUUUGGAAAUAAUGAUUACGUGCACUGUUCGGCACAUGUGUUUUGGGGCUCGAAGUCACAGUCGUUGGUUGUCAUCAAGAUUCCUCAGUACAUCACCUGCUAUUUUUGAAGACGAUGGCAAGGCUGGUGUUAUCAUAAAAUCAUCGUCAACUAAUGUCUUCCAAAAUCUGGCAUUGGAAGAUUGGAUACACGACAAUGUGGAUCUUCAAAAACGAAAUAUACUCUACUUGUGGAGGAACUCUGCAGCGGUUGUCAUUGGAAGACAUCAGAACCCAUGGCAAGAAUGCAAUCUCCGGUUGAUGCAACAGAUUGGGAUCCCACUUGCCAGAAGACGCAGUGGAGGUGGCACGGUUUUUCACGACUUGGGCAACAUUAACCUGACGUUCUUCACAUCUAAGAAAAAUUAUGACAGACACAGAAACCUGUCUGUUGUGACCAGCGCCUUGAAAAAUCUGCGACCAGAGUUGGAUGUGCAGUCGACAGAGCGGUUUGACAUUUUGCUAAACGGACACUACAAAAUCUCUGGGACAGCUGCCAAGUUGGGUCGCAGUGCUGCCUAUCACCACUGUACGUUACUGUGCUCUGCAGACAGAUCUGUGUUGUCGUCAGUGCUCAAGAGCACUUCUCAGGGAAUCAAAAGCAAUGCGACGCCCAGUGUACCCUCUCCUGUCAAAAACCUCUUUGAUGAAGACCCAACACUGGACUCAGAGACAAUAAUGACAGCCCUGGCUACUCAAUACAACAGGGAGUUUGGAUUCGACAGCCCUGUCCACGGUGUUGAUCCAGGGGACGUUGACUGCUGGCCAGGUAUACAGAAGAUGUCUGAUGAGCUUCAAACAUGGGAGUGGGUGUAUGGAAGAACGCCAAAGUUUAGUGUGUGCACAGAUUUCCCUGUCCAUGGCGGAACCUCCAAUGCCAAGGUCACGGUUCAGUUGGACAUAAAGAAUGGGAUAAUUGAAAACUGUUCAAUGGACAUGGCCUCAGAAUGGUUGCCCAAGAAUGUGUUAGAUGAGUUCAGCUCUUUCUUGAAGGGAUGCAAAUUCUGUCCCAAUGAAAUGGCAACACUGGUCGCCGCUUUUCUGAGAGUUACACAACUGGGUACAGAAUCUUCUUCAAGAAUGCAUAGCCUGUGUGAGAAUGUCAUUGCAAACAUGUAGUGAAAUAAACAUAUGUGGACUCA